AAUGAAGAAGAUGGGACUUUAACUGUUACAAUGCCUAAGAAAAUUAAGGGGAUUACGGGUUUGAAGAUCGAGGAAGAAGAGGAAGAGGAAGAAGAAAAAACAGAGCCAAUAGUAGAAGAGAAAACAGAACCAGAAGAAGAAAUCAAAGAAGAGCCAAAACCUGAGGUAGAAGAAGAAGAAGUAGAGCCACAGAGAGAAGUGGAAGAAGACAAGAUUGAAGAAGAGGUUGUUGAGGAAGAAACAAGGGAUCAUGAUGAGGAAAAGAAAGAAGAAGUCGAAGAUAAACCAAGAAAGAAGAGAAGAAAAAAGUUUCGUUUACCAUGUUUUGCAGGAUCCACUCUGCUUAUGUCUAUUAUUGUUUUCAUUAUUCAAUUGAUUCAGUCCAGAAAAAAAUGAGAUCA